AUGCUCAGCAUGCUGUUCGCUCGCUCUCCCCUCGCGGCUUUGGCCGUCAGCCUUUCCUUUGCUGUGACCGAUGCUGCCGUUGCAGACCGAAGGAGUCCGGCGCCUGCAGGCCUGAGAAAGGGCUUCCUGGACUACUUCAAUCUCUUCGGAAAGCGUCAAGACGACUUCUGCGUACCAUCAAACGACUACUAUCAGAUCCUCUCCACCCACACGUCCGCCCCUGAACUGUGCGCAACUUUGCUGGGACGACCUACCGACACCGUCCAUGUCGUUGUCACCCCCGUCUCCACCGUCACCCAGGCCACUUCUACUCGUGUCGCCACCGUAAAUAACAUUGUCAGCGUUACCGUUACCAGCACCAGCACAGUCACGCCGACAUCGCUUGCCGCAAGAGCGCCAGAGCCCACACCUGGCCCUGAACUUGCAAAAAGACUGGCCGAUGCUGAGGCCAUCCGCAAUUUCAUACGCAACUUGGAAGAAAGUUCCUCUUUUGACUCCACUGCCACCGCUUUGAAUUCAAUCAGCUCGGGUUUGUCGAGUGCUUGUGAUUGCCUUGGCCUGCCGACGCCAGGAACCACUACUCAGACUCUGUCUGGCCCUCCUAACUCUACUGUUACAAUCGCUGCUUUUGCAAGGACGACAAGGACCUCGAACAGCAGUAUCGUCUUCCACGAGGUCGUCACCGUGACAGCUGGCCAGGAGUCAAGUUCAGCAGGAGCUAGCGGUUCUGCCACUGCCACUGGCACAGGACCCGAAUCUACUGGCAUUCCCAUUGGAGAAGGCGUCAGCUGCCCAGCGGACGACGAAUCAGUGAAGAACUAUGUCCUGAAUAGCCAAACUUACGCUUACCGGAUCCACUGUGGCCUGGACUUCACCGAUAAAACUGCUCUUGAGCAGCCCGCGGAUGAUUCGGCUGAAUGUGCGGCUCUCUGCUCGACAUACAGCCAGGGAGCCAACGCUGCUGUCUGCAAAGGGUUUGUUUUCAAGAACGGCCGUUGUUACUUGAAGAGAAGCAUCACUAGCGACCUGUCUGUCGCAUCUCCUGGCACUGUUUCCGGCGAGCUGUACCGUGUCGGUGAAUUCAACAACACGGGAAAUGCGACUUUCACGUCAGCUCCGUCCGACUUCACGCUCACGACCACCACCGUCUCGCUCUCGACGACGUCUGCCAUCCCCCAGUGCGGCCCUUAUGACUCUACCGAGAGUGCGUCAUCGACGUACUUCUCCACGGUUUACACGGACGACGGAGGUACUGUACACAUGUCUUGGACCUCCCAGUACGCGUACGCCGCGACGAACCAGCGAGUGUGUACCUACAACAAUACUGCUGUGUUUACCAAUACCGACCUCAUCACCGUCCCUGCAACUACGAUCGUGAGCACCGUGACCUCGACUGGAACCGUGACCGGCCUCCGAACUUUUACCUCGGAUGGAUCAAUCAUAGUUGAGGCUUCUGGAGGGACUGAGUACGCACCCGGCGCGACAAUCACCACAGGCGGCUCGGCAACUUCCACCAGUACCCGCAAGGUGGUCAUUCCCACGGCCGCCACGGGCCUUGUUGGAAAGUUCAACACGACUAUCGUUUCAGGAGGCUCCACUCUUGUUGAGGAGUACACGUACAGCUCUACGUCCGCUAGUCUUGUGACUGUUAUCGAAGCUACCUCGACCUCCAAUGCAACGGGUGGCUCGGGCAUCUCUGCUCCUGAAACCACCCUCACAACCACUUCAACCGGGACCUCGGUGAUUUCCGGCGAGACAACCGAAGUGGUUUCUACGCUCACUUCCACUGCUACCGGCAGCUCGGAGGAGAGCAGCCCAACAACAAUCACAACUGAAAGCACCGCCACCACUGUCAUCUCCGGGGUGACGACCGAGGUGGUUUCCACGCUUACUUCGACUGCAACGGGUGGCUCAGCAGAGUCCAGCCCCAGCGGAUCCCCGAGUAACUCGACAGUCACAACAACGACUACUGGCACUACGGUCAUCUCUGGCUCAACGACGGUUUUGACAGCUACGAUCACUUCGACCGCAACGGGCGAGUCGACGGAACUGGCUGCUACCGGAUCGACUACCGCGACUGGUGGGUCAGGUGAAUCUGCGCCAAGCAACUCAACCAUCACGUCAACGGCCGUCGAGACCACAGUAGUUUCUGGUGUGACUACGGAACUGACCUCCACCAUCACCUCGAUCGCAACUGGCGGAUCUAGCGAAUCUGCGCCGACCACCGGGGAAUCGCUGAGCAGCACUCAGGAUGAGCGCACCGGUACGGCUUCAACUGAGUCCAGCGCCACGACUAACUCGACUGCUACUGGUGGCUCAUCCGAAUCGGGCCCUGCUUCUGCAACCACCUCUGAGCUGUCAACAAUUUCCAGCACAUUGACAACUAGACUCACUGUGAGCACGGCAGUUACUGUAGUGACAUCGAAUGUAUCAACCUCCACAUCUACUGGCGCGGGCGGAGAGACUAUUCUGGUUCCUAGCGAGACCGUCUUGACUUCGAGUUCAUUUAUUGUCGUCUCCAGCCGGGUCGACGAAUCGAGUGCGACGGAGACGGGUGGCUCAACCGAAUCGGCUCCCUCGAACUCGACUGCGGUUGGCAGCGGCACGGGAACUGGAACUUUUACUUUCAGCGGAGACUCUGGCCUUCGCACUGGCACUUUCAUCACCACCCAAACCAAUGGAUCCCUUACGACUGUGGUUACAUAUACGAGUGCUGUCCCUGUUAGCUCCGCAUCGUAUAACGGAACAGCCACCUCAAGUGAGAAUCUAAGCAGCACCGAAGGUCAGCGUACAGGCACAGCAACGACAGGCAGUGGAUCGAGCGUGACAGCCCCGUCAAGUGGCCUUCCCACUCAGCCUUCCAACGGUACCACCGCCGCUUCAAGUGAGACGUUGAGCAGCACCGAAGGCGGGCGGACCGGCAGUGCAACAACAGGUGGUGAAGCAAGCCCGUCGGUUCCUUCAAGUGGUCUUCCCACGUCAUCCUCCAACGGAACCACCACUUCCGAAACUCUGAGCAGCACCGAAGGCGAGCGCACUGGGACUGCAGCGACUGGUACAGGGCCGAACACUUCGGGUCCCUCGAGCGGCGUGCCUGGGCCUUCAUCCAACGCAACAACGACUACCGGCACAGAAACUUUAAGCAGCACCGCUGGUGAGCGGACCGGUGAGGCAACGAGUCCAACCUACGAGCUGCCUGCCUCGAGCGGUCUUCCUUCAGGUUCUUCCAACGGCACUGUCCCGGCGACGGAGUCUCUGACCACGUCUGAAGGCGCUCGCACCGGCUCAGCGACUACAGGGGCUCCCUCGAGUGGUCUGCCCUCCAGCUCGCCGAAUGGCACUGUGCCGGCAACUGAGACUUUGAGUACGUCUGAAGGCGCUCGCACCGGUUCAGCGACCACGGGAGGGCCUUCAAGUGGCGUACCUUCGAGCUCACCGAAUGGCACGACUCCAGCAACGGAGUCUUUGACUACAUCUGGAGGCGCUCGUACUGGUUCAGCAACCACGGGAGCUCCAUCGAGCGGGUUGCCCUCGAGCUCGCCGAACGGCACUGUGCCAGCCACUGAGUCUUUGAGCACAUCUGAAGGCGCUCGCACCGGAUCGGCGACCACGGGCAGUCCAUCGAGUGGUUUACCCUAUAACUCGCCGAAUGGCACAGUCCCGGCAACGGAGUCGUUGAGUACAUCUGAAGGUGCCCGCACUGGUUCAGCGUCCACAGGAGGCCCCUCCAGUGGCGUCCCUUCAAACUCACAGAACGGAACCACUCCAGCAACAGAGUCUUUGACCACAUCUGCAGGCGACCGCACGGGCUCGGCUACUACGGGCUCGAGCGUUGAUGUCACCACCACGACACUUCUCAAUGUAACAUCGACGGUAGUUGCUCCGUCGAACGGUACCUUGGUCACCGGCAGUGGCGCCACUGCGCUGCUACCGCACGCUACAGGACCCAACUCGACGGCAUCCCUCUCUACUUCUGAAGGCCCCAGGACCGGUGCCUAUUCUACCACGACUACAACAACAGGGACGAGCGGAGCUAGCAGCGGCGCUCCAGUUCCUUCGUCCAACUCUACCAAUGCUUUCCCAACGUAUGAGGUCCCGACUAUCCCAGUGGAGUCUCUCUCGAGCACUUCCAACGCGCGGACUGGAUCUGCCUCUGAAUCCGUCCCGCUUGGAACAGGGAGCAGCGGCUUCCCAGCGCCAUCCGCAAACGCAACCUCUCCUCCCACUACAGGCCCGGCGGGUACUGUUCCUUCGUCCACAAACGCUCCCGGGAACUCAACUGUCCCAGCCGGGACGGGAACUGAGGGUCAGCGUACUGGUAACUUUGCAUCUACAACCACACCCGUCAAUUCAGUUUCAAGUACUUCUGGUGUUCCGUCUGGGUCGAACUCUACCUCUCCCGUUGGCACUGGCCCCAGUUCUUCGGCAAAUUCGACUGCUCCUUUGUCUGGCACGGGUGCUUUCUCCACCAGCGCUCCGUCAGGAACUGCUCCUACCUCCGCUAGUGCGAAUGCGACAUCGACUCUUCCCACGGCACCUAGCGCUCCUGCAAACUCAUCUGAGUCGCUGUCGACUAGCGAGGGUCCCCGGACGGGUGAUUUCUCAACGACCUCGCCUUUGGGAACUGCUCCUACCUACGCUAGUGGAAACGCAACGUCUGCUCCGGGCACAGGGCCCAGCUCACCUGCGAACUCUACAGAGUCUUUGUCGACUAGCGAGGGUCCACGCACGGGUGCUUUCUCGACCACCUCGCCGUUGGGCACUGCCUCCACGGGCUCCCCUGGAGCAAACUCGACUGUGCCGACUGGGAGAACCAUUGCACUAAUCCCCAACACGCGCCUGCGACCGUCGACUCUAGGCACUGCUCCCGCAUAUGCUCCUUCAUCAUCAAACUCUACUUUGCCCAGUGGCACUGGAGCUUCUAGUGGAUCGAUCCCUAGCCCCUCAGCAAACUCGACCGAAUCUUUAUCGAGCACUGAAGGUGAUCGGAACGGUGCCUUCUCAACUACCACUGCGCCUUUGGGCACCGGCCCCAGUAGCGGAGCACCUGUCAACUCAGCCAACUCUACUGCACCCGUCGGCACUGGUGCUUCAAGCAGCAUGCCAACACCAUCUGGGAACUCGAGCGAGUCUUUGUCAAGCACCGAGGCUGGUCGUAGCGGUGCCUUCUCUACUACUUCUGCACCCUUGGCAACCGGCCCGAGCAGUGGAGCACCCGUUAACUCGGCCAACUCCACUGCACCUGUGGGCACAGGCGCUUCGAGCAGUAUCGCUACACCGUCUGCGAAUGCUACCGAGUCUCUAUCGAGCACCCAGGGCAACCGCAAUGGUGACUACACUCCUACCGCACCUUUGGCCACCGGCCCAAGCAGUGGGGCGCCCGUUAACUCUGCAAACUCCACUGCACCUGUUGGCACGGGUGCUUCGAGCAGCAUCCCUACAGCUUCUGCGAACUCUACUGCACCUGCGGGUACGGGGACGGCCGCUUCGAGUAGUAUCCCUACAGCUUCUGCGAACUCAACCGAGUCCUUGUCGAGCACUCAGGGUAACCGCAAUGGUGACUACUCCUCUACUCUUUUGGCCACCGGUCCGAGCAGUGGGGCGCCUGUCAAUUCUGCUAAUGCCACUGUACCUACUGGCACAGCCGCUUCGAGCAGCAUCCCUACAGCUUCCAUCAACUCCACUGCGUCUGUGGGAACGGGCGCUUCGACUGGCGUCCCUUCGUCAUCCGCAAACGCCACGGAGUCUUUGUCAAGCACACAAGAUAACCGUAACGGAGCCUUCUCGACCACACUCUCGGGCACGGGCCCGAGCAGCGGUGCGCCUGUGAAUUCGGUCAACUCAACUGCCCUUCCUGUUGCCACUGGGGUAACGAGCGGCUCCCCCACGCCAUCUGCUAAUGCCACCCUGCCAUUGUUGAGCACCGGGGGUACCAUCCCGGGAAGCCUCCCUACCCUCAUCGGCACCGGACCGAGCUAUGCCCCCUCGAACACAGCCAAUAGCACUUCUCUGCUUGGUACUGGUGCGUCGACUGGCGUCCCGGCGCCGUCAGCUAACGCUACUACGCCUCUGUCAAGUACGGAAGCCCCCCGCACUGGUGAAGCCGCCGCAUCGACAGCUUUGCCGAGCAGUGGCAGCCCAGUCCCCUCGAUCAACGGCACACUGUCCGCAUCCCCGACAGCCCCAAGCUCUUCAUGCGUUGAUACCACCGUCACCUUGCCGGCCGUCACAGUGACUGCUACAGUCACCCAGUUUGCAACAACUGUUUCCGUCUGUGCCAGCGACUGCUCCUCUUCAUCCUCCGCACCCUCCACCUUCUCGACGGGAACCCUCACCACGACAUCCACAUCCACAUCGACCUCGUCCGAGACAUCCACCGUCACGCUAACCUCUUCGACCGCGACAUCCGUCCUCCCCGCAACAACAGGCACCGACACCAGCGAAAGCCCCGGAACAGCCACCAACGCCGCCCGCACCGGCAGCUUCGCCGAAGACACGAGCAGCAGCAGCAGCACCGCCGCACCGCCAUCCUCAACAUCGACAUCGACCUCCGUCGUCGCCACCGCCACAACCACCACCUACGCCUCCCCACCACCACCCCCCUACGCAAAACGCGACACCACCGCGCCCGCCUCCCCCAAUAACCUCCUAGCCAACCCCUCCUUCACCGCCUUCGACGCCAUCUCCACCUCCACCGCCACCGCCUCCGACUCCGACUCCCCCACCUCCUGGCACAUCCACACCGACAGUAACGCCGCCUUCGCCGUCCCGGCCUCCUCCUCCUCCAACAACAACGACGGUAGCAGUGCCGGCGGCAUCAACGUCGUCCUCCAAGACCCCGGCGCCGUGCUCGACCUGACGCAGACGAUCAACCCCCGCGCGUUCAAGCAGGGCGUCGCGUACGACGUGCGCGCCGAAGCGAGCCAGAUGGACGCGCGCGCCAGGUGCGCGGUCGCGGUGCUGGUGGCGGGCGAGGCCGUCGUCGAGGCGGUGCCCGGGGAGAGGGUGGGCACGUUUGGUGGGAGGUGGACGCCGGGCGUGAUGGCCAUGGGGGGUGAGGGUGGGACGCCGGUGACGGUGACGGUGAGGGUGGGGCCGUGUAAGGGGGUUGGCGGGGACGGGGAUGGGGUGGUGGGUGUGAAGGGGGUGGUGGUUGAGGCGAGGAAGGGGAACAAGGGGGAGGGCGAGUUGAGGGUGUGA